GCCUCCUCCCUCCACCUGGACAGGAAAGGCCAUGGUCAACCAGAGCUCCACAGUGGGCUUCCUCCUCCUGGGCUUCUCCGAACACCCACACCUGGAAAAGGUUCUCUUUGUGGUCGUCCUGUGCUGCUACCUCCUCACCCUCCUGGGAAACACACUCAUCCUCCUGCUGGCCACGCUGGACCCCAGGCUCCACUCCCCAAUGUACUUCUUCCUCUCCAACCUCUCCUUCUUGGACCUCUGCUUCACCACCACCUGUGUCCCCCAGAUGCUGGUCAACCUCUGGGGCCCCACAAAGACCAUCAGCUUCCUGGGCUGCUCUGUCCAGCUCUUCAUCUUCUUUUUACUGGGGACCACUGAAUGCAUCCUCCUGACAGUGAUGGCCUUUGACCGCUAUGUGGCUGUGUGCCAGCCCCUGCACUAUGCCACCAUCAUCCACCCCCGCCUGUGCCGGCAGCUGGCAGCUGUGGCCUGGAUCAUUGGCUUGCUGGAGUCAGUGAUUCAAACACCUCCCACCCUCCGCCUGCCCUUCUGUGCCCACCAUCAGGUGGAUGACUUUGUGUGUGAGGUUCCUGCUUUAAUUCGACUCUCCUGUGGGGACACCACCUACAAUGAGACCCUAAUGGCUGUUGCCAGUGUUGUCAUCUUGGUUGUUCCUCUGAGCCUCAUCCUUGUCUCCUAUGCUGCCAUAGCCCGGGCAGUGCUGAGGAUGAACUCAGCAGAGGCAUGGAAAAAGGCUUUGGGGAUCUGUUCCUCCCACCUCAUUGUGGUCACCUUCUUCUACAGCUCAGUCAUUGCUGUCUAUCUGCAGCCCAAAAAUCCCUAUGCUCGUGAGCGGGGCAAGUUCUUUGGUCUCUUCUAUGCGGUGGGCACUCCUACGCUAAACCCUCUUGUAUACACCCUGAGGAACAAGGAGGUAAAGAGGGCGUUCUGGAGGCUGCUGGGGAAGGAAGUGGAGCCCAGCUGACUGCUUCUUGGUGUGCUUGAAACCUUCAUGGAGAUGCUGCUG